AUGCCGGGGAGAGACCUCCUCAAGCGAAGGAGCAUACCUGGACAACUCCCCAGGGGUUCCAAGGCAACUUUAAGAAGACGGGAUGACGAAGGCGGCACUGAACUGGGAGAGGGGGCGGACGAAUGGGCGCAGGCCAAGACGUUGAUCAAGCCCCCGGACCAACUGGAGCUGACCGAGGCCGAGCUGAAGGAGGAGAUCACGCGCAUCCUUACCGCAAACAACCCGCAUGCUCCGGAGAACAUUGUCAGGUACAGCUUUAAGGAGAGAGCCUACAAGCCAAUAAGCGCGGUGGAGCAGAUGGCCGUUCAUUUCACUCUGUGCGGGAACCUGAUUUUCAGAGAUUCGGACGAAGGUCGGAGGCAGAGCCUCAGGCAGCAGAGCACAGCAUCUGCUGUGGUUCCAGUUUCAUCCGCCGUGAUAGAUUUUAAUGAUCUGGACCAGGAUCCGGAACUGAAAGAAGACACAAGUGAACAAACGAUUAUGGUAAUGCUGUGUCCGGCUCUGCCGGAGCAGGACCAGGAGCCGGAGCAGGACCAGGAGCAGGAGAUGCCUCGGCCCCGCCCCGCACAAGAACGGAAGCUCACCAACCAGUUCAACUUCAGUGAGAGGGCGUCUCAGACGUACAACAACCCUACUCGGGAGAGAGCAUGCCAAAUGGAGCCUCCGCCAAGAGCUACUUUCUCUGCUAAUGCAAACCAGUGGGAAAUCUACGACGCCUACAUGGAGGAACUCCAGAAACUGGAAAAGUCAAAAGAGAAAGAAAAACAAAAGGCGCCAGUUUCAAAGAAAGAAGACAAGACAGGGGGUCGGAAAUUGACUUCUCUGGAAUCUCAGAGCGAUGACAUCACCAAAGUGACCAAGGCUUCUAAGAUCGUUGAGCGGAUGGUCAACCAGAACACCUUUGAUGACGUCGCCCAAGAUUUUAAGUAUUUUGAAGAUACUUCCGAUGAGUACAGAGACAAUCUGGGCACCCUCCUUCCGCUGUGGAAAUUCCAGUUCGACAAAGCCAAGAGGUUGGCGGUCACUGCCCUCUGCUGGAACCCCAGAUACAAGGAUUUGUUCGUCGUGGGACACGGCUCUUACGAUUUUGUGAAGCAGAGCCGAGGGAUGCUGCUCCUCUACACCCUGAAGAACCCCUCCUUCCCCGAGUACAUCUUCAACAGCGAGAGCGGCAUCAUGUGCGCCGACGUCCACGUGGACCACCCCUACCUGAUCGUGGUGGGCUUCUACGACGGCAACGUGGCCAUCUACAACCUCAAGAAGCCGCCCAGCACCCAGCCGGGCUACAAGAGCUCGGCCAAAUCCGGCAAGCACACGGACCCCGUGUGGCAGGUCAAGUGGCAGAAGGACGACAUGGACAAUAACAUGAACUUCUUCUCUGUCUCUUCCGACGGGCGCAUCGUCUCCUGGACCUUGGUGAAGAACGAGCUGGUCCACACAGACAUCAUAAAGCUGCUGGUCGAAGGGACGACGGUGGAAGGGCCAGAGGGGCUGCAGCUACAGACCAUCGGCUGUGGGACUUCAUUUGACUUUCACAAGAAGAUCGAUUAUCUGUUUCUGGUGGGGACCGAGGAAGGCAAAAUCUACAAGUGUUCCAAGUCCUACUCCAGCCAGUUCUUGGACAUCUUCAAUGCUCACCACAUGGCAGUUGACGCCGUUAACUGGAACCCCUUCCAUAGCAAGGUCUUUAUUUCCUGCAGCUCAGACUGGACAGUGAAGAUCUGGGACCACACCAUCAAGACUCCCAUGUUCAUCUAUGACCUGAACUCGGCUGUUGGCGAUGUAGCUUGGGCUCCUUAUUCUUCUACGGUCUUUGCUGCUGUAACCACUGACGGGAAGGCCCACGUGUUCGACCUGAGCGUCAACAAGUACGAGCCCAUCUGCAGCCAGGCCGUGGUCGCCAAGAAGAAGAACAAAAUCACCCACAUCCAGUUCAACGCCAUCUAUCCCGUCGUCAUCAUUGGCGAUGACCGUGGCCACGUCACCUGCCUGAAGCUGUCUCCCAACCUCCGCAAGAUGCCCAAGGAGAAGAAAGGCCAGGAGGUGCAGAAGGGCCCGGAGGUGGAGAUCGCCAAGCUGGACAAGCUGCUGAACGUGGUGAGAGAGCCCACGGCCAAGCCCACCAAGUGAGCCUAGCUGCCCCCCACCC